AUGAACGAUAGUCGAGAUAAAUGUUCACAAACUCAGAUAAAACAUUUAUCACCUCAAGUGAAGCAUUCAUCAUCUCAUAUGAAAUCAGAAAUUAUUGCGCAACAAAUUCUUAAAAAAUUAUUGUCUAAACGUUCCUUCCAAAAAUAUCUUAUUGAUAGUACGGUAAAGGAAAUAUUAAAUGAUACUACUACUAUUACUACUUAUGGACAACAAUUAAUCAUUCAAAAUUUACAUUCUGAAUCAUUAAAUUAUCGACGUAUGAUUAUCAAUGAAAAUAUCGAUUUAUUAAUAUGCCAUCUAAAACUUAUCGCUGAAUCAUUCAUUAAAAGUUGUAAGUAA